AUGUUUUCACGAUUUUGCACGCGAGCUAUUCGCAAACAAGCUCCCUCACAAUUGUUCCAAAAGAAAUAUCCUCGAGCGAUCCUGCGAACUGACCCCAACAUUAUUAUUACCGGCACUCCCGGUGUCGGCAAAACUACUCACUGCCAAGAACUCGCCGCGAAAACCGGCCUCUACUACCUCGACAUUAACGAAGUCGUUAAAAAGCACAACAUCGGAGAAGCCUUGGAUGACCUAGAUGACCCCAACUUGCAAAUCGUCGACGAAGACAGACUCCUAGACUACCACGCCUACGACCUCUUCCUAAGGAAACAAAUCGACCUCGUCUACGUGAUCCGAUACGACAACAAAAUCCUAUACGAUCGCCUGAAAGCGCGGAACUAUAGCGAGAAGAAGCUAGAGGAAAACAUUAACUACGAAAUUAUAGAGGUUUUGCUUAACGAGGCGCGGGAAGCAUAUAAUAAGGAGAUUGUAGUCGAGCUGAGAAGUAAGAGCACGGAGGACGUCGACGCGAAUAUUGAGAGGAUCGAGACGAAGGAUAGGGAUGCGAAGGCUGCGGGCGCGGACGAGACGAGGGAUGAGGACAAUCUAUUAUUUCUGCACGGUUAA